AUGGACCAACCACUAAUAGACACCAACACGCAAUACAUCUCCUUUUUCUUUGACCUUGUAACUUCCUCUGUUUCUCCUUUUAUUCAACUAUUCUCAUUUGCGUCCAUCGGCAAACUGCUUCACACAAAUGAACUGGUGCAGGAUACAGUCAACCUCGUUGGCAAAGCGUAUGUUUCGCAAGGGUCGUAUGGCAGCACAUCCUGGGAACCGACUUCGCGACUCAAGUAUGAUUCACGAAAAUUACUUGCGAGGCUGAGAGUGAAUAUGCUCAGACUUCUCAAAGCGCCGUCGACGACACCGCAGGAUUCGACGGGUUCGUUGGUAGCGGCGUGUUUGUUGCAGUUUGUUGAGUUGUUGUUGUAUGAUAGUGGGAGUACGUGGGGGUCGCUGGUGUAUCAGGUUUUGUCGACGGUUUCGCCAAAAGAUGAUUCCGCGCCUGGUGGUGACGACUACUUCUCGUCUCUGAAUCGUCGAUUGCGCCUGUUUCUGAGAACCAGUGGUGCGCUCUGGGCGAUAUGUUUCGAUCAUGAUUGUUUCUGGAGCACCUCGGAGCAGAAAAUGCCUGACACUUUACCGCCGGAGCAGGAUUUAUCAGUAAAUAAUAUGCUGGAUAAGGUGGAUAGACAGUGGGACGAUAUGGCAUCAGCUCUAGAAGAGAGUGGGAAACUACAAUACAAACUGCUACUCUGGAUCAAAGACUCUGUACAUACAACACCAGACGCUACUAUAGAUGCUCUACAUAGACUCAAUGGCAUCGAACUCGUCACUCGCGCAACCCACAUGCAACAACGAAUCAUCUCCACCAUCGUCCUCUACUCAACCUCCUACUCCGAAGACAUAUUCUGCCGCUCCUUAUUGCCAUACUACUACUGGCUCCUCACAAGCCUGUCUCACCUUUUCACGCAUCCAUCUUGGCAGACUCUCGCCAUCCCACUACCCGUCAUGCCUCAAUCUCUCGCCCGUCAACAGGCCGAACGAGCCUUUGAGUAUGUCGAGAGGAACAUACACUCUUAUAAGCUGGAGGCCGUCGCCUAUGCUCCGAUUCUGCACGUAGUUGCGCAACAAAUCUCGGUGGAUAAUAGGGAACGUGAUAGAGUGCUGGCUGUCGUGGAAUCGAUUAGGUCGAGUGGUUAUUCGGUCGCUGAUAGUUUGGAGAAGGAUUUGCAGUGUCAUUGGGCGGGAAUGGAGACGAGGUUUUCCUGUAGAGAUGGUAUGUAG